GUACUGAAUACUUGCGCUACGCUAGUGAUCACCAUCAUUCAUCGUCAUCAUCAUCAUCUUCGACCACAUCAUUUUCAUAGCUGUUCGGCAAUUAUUUCAACUUCGGCGCUUAGUACUACUUCAGUUUGUUAUAGUUUUUUUUUAAUUUAAAUAAACAAAAAGAAUCCUCAGCGAUCGUUAAAAAGUGAUCGUAUAAAUUAAAAAGAAAUUUCUACAUAAUUUAAGUAAAAUAAGGAUCUUUUCGUACUACAACUACUACUAAAUAUCUUAAGACAAAAUGCGUGAAGUUAUCUCUAUUCAAAUUGGUCAGGGUGGCAUUCAAAUCGGCAACGCCUGCUGGGAAUUAUAUUUACUUGAACAUGGCAUCAAACCGGAUGGUUCUGUCAAAACCAAAGAGGAAAUGUUGGCCAGCGGCAGUAGUGCCGGUACAGUGGGCAAUGAAGGUACAUCGAAUGCCACAAAUGAUGCGCGUACGUUUUUUGCCGAAACCGGUUCAGGCAAACAAGUACCACGAUCAAUUUUCGUAGAUUUGGAACCGACAGUAAUUGAUGAUGUACGUAAUGGUCCCAUGCGUAGUCUUUACCAUCCCGAACAGCUAAUAUCGGGCAAAGAGGAUGCGGCCAAUAAUUAUGCCCGUGGUCACUACUCCAUUGGCAAGGAAGUGAUCGAUAAUGUAACUACACGCAUACAGAAAAUUGCCGAACAAUGUGAUGGUCUCCAGGGCUUCUUAAUAUUUCACAGUUUGGGUGGUGGCACAGGAUCGGGUUUUACCUCUUUGCUAAUGGAACGUUUGUCAAUGGAUUUUAGCAAGAAAUGUAAAUUGGAUUUUGCCGUUUAUCCUUCGCCCAAAGUGUCGACAGCUGUUGUGGAACCCUACAAUGCUCUACUCACCACUCACUCUACAUUGGAGCAUUCGGAUUGUGUGUUUAUGGUGGACAAUGAAGCUAUUUAUGAAAUUUGUAAAAAUAGUUUGAAUGUAGAUCGUCCAGACUAUCGGAACUUGAAUCGUUUAAUUGCACAAAUCGUUAGCUCCACAACAGCUUCUCUGCGUUUUAGUGGUUCCAUGAAUGUGGAUUUGAAUGAGUUCCAAACGAAUUUGGUACCAUUUCCUCGUAUUCACUUCCCACUGGUGGCUUAUGCUCCGCUGGUCUCAGCCGCUCGAGCGUCCCAUGAACAGCAUGCCAUUACCUCCCUAACAAAUGCUUGUUUCGAAUCGGGCAAUAUGAUGGUAAAGUGUGAUCCGCGCGCUGGCAAAUACAUGGCCUGCUGCAUGUUGUAUCGUGGUGACGUUGUUCCCAAAGAUGUCAACGCCGCCGUCUCGGCCAUCAAAUCGAAACGACACAUUCAGUUUGUCGAUUGGUGUCCAACAGGCUUUAAAAUCGGUAUUAAUUAUGAGAAACCAGCAUUUGUACCCGACGGCGAUCUAGCCAAAACUUCUCGUGCCGUUUGUAUGUUAUCGAAUACCACCGCCAUAGCAGUGGCGUUCAGUAAUUUGUGCUAUAAAUUUGACUUGAUGUUUAAGAAACGUGCCUUCGUCCAUUGGUAUGUCGGUGAGGGUAUGGAGGAAGGUGAAUUUACAGAAGCCCGCGAAGAUCUUGCUGCUCUCGAGCGAGAUUUCGAAGAAGUCGGUACUGAUGAUGCCGCCCAAGCUGGCGAAGAUGGAGAUUAUGAGUAUUAAACUGUUAAACAAAGUUAACUAGUUAUUAUUAUGAUUUUUUUUUUUGUUGCUAAAACAAUUAUGUUGAUUGAUUGAUUAAGUUAUAAAUUGAGUUUUGAGAAAAAAUUAUAAAUUUUUAUAAAAAAUAAGUAAAGAUAAAAAAGAUUAACUAGAUGUUUCUAGAUAACGUGCUAGUAAUUGUAGUUAAAAUUUUACUUGUACUUUGUUUUUGUUGCAAUAACAAGUACGAUUUUUAUUUAAAGUACUUGCAAGUUAUUUUGGAAACAUCUGGUAAGUAAAAUUAUAAAAUGUGAAUAAAUACAAAUUGGAUACAAAAAAA